CCCGCCCUCGAGUGGCCACGCCUCCUCUCCGUCCCUCAGCUGGCCUGCGCAGUACCUCUUACGAUAGCCUGAGCCCCGCCCCUUUCCAGGAUGAUCAUUGGCCUCGGGGAUGGGGCUUGGGCACAAGAUGGCUGCCGCAUGCCCGGAUCCCCCGAUUCCGAGCUCAUCGACCCCGGAGUCAGCGUCCCCGGAGCCUCUGGACUUGGCCUCGGAGUCCGGGGACAGCCGCCCAGCCUCACCCCCGAAUAACCUCAUCGAGAUCCAGGUGGUGAAAGUCACAGACUCCGCGCUGGUGCCCGGGCCCCCGGAGCCCGGCUCCUUCCACUGUGCCUUGUGCCCGGCUGCUUUCCGGCUGGUGUCGGAGCUGCUGUUCCACGAACACGGCCACCUGGACGCCGAGCGGGGUGGGGACCCGAGCCGCUGCCACGUGUGCGGGCAACGCUGCCCGGGGCCCGCCAGCCUCCGCGCCCACUACAGCCUGCACACCGGGGAGCGGCCCUACCGGUGCCCGCGCUGCCCGCGCGCCUUCAAGGCCAUGGCGCCCCUGCUGCUGCACCAGCGUCGGCAUGGGGUGGAGCCCGGCGCUCCCGGCAGGGCCCCGCGGGCGGCGGCGGCCCUCGAGCCCGGCUCCGGGGCAGCCCUGGCGAGGCCGGAGGUGGUGCCCGCGGCGGCCUCGGGCGUGGCCGCGGCGGGGAAGCCGUUCGCCUGCCGGUUCUGCGCCAAGCCCUUCCGCCGCUCCUCCGACAUGCGGGACCACGAGCGGGUGCACACCGGCGAGCGGCCCUACCACUGCAGCGUGUGUGGCAAGGGCUUCACACAAUCCUCGGUGCUGAGCGGCCAUGUCCGCAUCCACACCGGCGAGCGCCCGUUCCGCUGCUCGCUCUGCAGCCGCGCCUUCAACAACUCCUCCAACUUCCGCAAGCACCAGCGCACGCACCUCCACAGGCUCCGGGGCGCGGGGACCCCCGGGAGAAUCCUGGGGAGAGACCACGAGGUGCAAGGAGACCCCGAGGCCGCGAGAGCAGAACCGGCGGGGGAAGUUGAGUCAGGAAGCAGCAGGAAGAUUUCAGGGGAUGGCGAUGGGCAAACCGAGGCCGGGCAGGACAUGUUGGCCAGCCUGUGCUGGAGAGCGCAAGGACAGAACCUGGCCCUGUACAAGCCGACACCUACGCUCUAUCGGUGACUCAGAGGAAGGGAGGGAUUCGGCCCACAGAUGCGGGGGAACAUGGCCAUGUCUCACUACCCUUCUUCUGUCCUCUUGGGUAACCACCUAAGGUUGUCCUUGAGCAGGACAGCCUAACAGGGCCCCAUCAUUGUGGAGGGGCAGCAAGGGGAGAGGAUCACCGGAGGUCAGCAUCAUGUCCUGGUCCAGACCUUCAUCUCAGAACCUUGGGUGAUCCUGGGGCCCUAGGGUAGGCCUAUCUCACUGGAUUGCACUGAUUACCCCCCCCCCCGCCCCGCCAGGCCGGCAUUAGAGGCCUACCACGUCUCUGGUAAACACUCUGGUAUCUCCAUCACCUCAAAGCCAGAGCCAGAGGGUACCCAAGUCACAGCUGAGCGCACUCGGCCUCAAGAUCCUUACUGCCACCCGAGGCCUCUUGGGAGGCACCUAAGAACAGAAUUGCAAAGCCCACCUAGUGUCCAACCCCUUUUCAAGAGCUUGGAGCUCACAGCCUCAGGUGCCGCUGUUUCCCCUGCUGGGUCAGAAGUAGCCCUAGGAUGGGCUGGCUGCAGCCUGGUGGGCUAGGUGCAGAAUAGAGGGAGGACUUGAGGGUAGUAGGUGAGAAACACAGAUCUGUUUGGAUUAAAUGGCUUUUCAGAAGGCUUCUCUGUCUGUCUUGUACGCAGGAGCCUCCUGGCUUCCUGCCUUGGGAGGUGGGGGAUGGACACGCAAGUUGUAUUGCACCUUUCUCCAAGUUGUUGGAGGGCAGUGGAUGUUUUGGCUGUGUCAGGAUCCCUGUGACUGGUGUGAUUGCUGAGGAGUGACAGGCCCCCACAUUUGCUCAAUGGACCAGCUUCUAGCAUUGUCAUGCACCCACUGCUCCCGAGACCACCCAAACGGCUUGUGACUAAAAACAACUCAUCCCACUUCUCACCAGCACUACUGCCCAAGCUGAACAACUGGUUGGACCCUUGAGCCCUAUUCCCCAUCCAUCCCCUGGUCCAUUUCCCUGUCAAAGCAGUUCAGUAUUUGUGGAAUGGGAAGGCUUCUUUUCAUCAUCAUCCACCUUGCAGAGACAGCUAUUAGCCAUCCCAACUGUGGGCACCUGAUCUCUUCUUCCACAUGGAGCCUCAUCACUGCCCCACAUUCUCCCUCAGCCCUGAAAACAGAAUGCCGACGGAAGCUCAAUGGUGAAUGUACACUCUCAUGCACGCACACACGUGCUGAGUUGUACUUAGCUUGCCUGGCAGCUGCCAGUUUCCAACCAUUAGCCUUCAAACUCUUCCAAGCUCUAGUUUGGAGCUCAAGACCCUUCAGGACCCAGCAGUACAUACUUCAAUCUCCAACUGUAAUCUACUUAGAAACUCUCUGCAGUGGCAGUAGACCCAGGGAGAACUUUUACUUGUUUGGGAUGGUUUUUCCACUCCUAUGGCUUUUGUCAUUGCUCAAGUGUUGCCUG